UGACCGGGAUCAGGGCCUGAUGGACGCCGCGUCUAUUUAAAUCGCUUCGCCUCGCUGCCUUGGUUGGUUGAGCACAAAAUGGCGACGUACGGUGACGAGCCAGUCGACAGCUACUUCUAUUCGUCCUACAACCCCUACACGGGCAGGUACCCCAGGGCCAAAGACGCGGGCUGGAAGGUUAAAACCUACCUCUCCCACUACGGCGACGCGUCGGACGCCUUCAACAACCAGCAGCGCGCGCAGCUCAAGUCCAUCCUCUCGCAGAUCAACCCCAAGCUCACCCCGAGGCUCCGGAAGGCCAACACCAAGGACGUGGCGGUGCAGGUGAACCCCAAGAGGGACGCCUCGGUGCAGUGCGCCAUCGGCCCGAGGACGCUGCUGGCCGUGAAGCGGGACUUCCGGCGCAAAGGUCAGCCGGAGCCGGCGACGCGCGGCGGCGGCGGCGGCAGCCCCAAGGCGGCGGGGGGAGUGCGUUACCCCCGCACCCUCGCUGUGUACUCGCCCAUCGCCUACAGAAGCGUCACCUCCUUCCUGGUCGACGACGACAACAACAACAACAACAACAACAAGGAGGCCUCCUGCGGUGAGGCCGAGCCGCCUCCCGGUGACCCGCCCGAGGCCGUGAAGGGGGCCGAGGAGCGCGACGAGCUCCGGUCCAGACCGGCGAAGGGCGAGGAGGUGCAGCCCGCCGCGGAGGGGUCAAAGGUCAGGGCGCGUGUGAGGUUCCAGUUCCUGGAACAGAAGUACGGAUAUUACCACUGCAGAGAAGAUAAUCUGCGAUGGGAGAGUGCCUACGUGUGGUGUGUUCAGGGCACCAACAAGGUUUACUUCAAGCAGUACUGUAGGAAAUGCCAAAAGGAGUUCAACCCAUAUCGCGUGGAGGACAUCACAUGUCACACUUGCAACAAAGCCCGUUGUUCCUGUGCAAUAACACAACGCCACGUCGACCCCAAACGGCCCCACAGACAGGACUUGUGCGGCAGAUGCAAAGGCAAGAGUCUCUCCUGCGACAGCACAUUCAGCUUCAAAUACAUCAUCUGAGGAGCAUCUCCACCGAACUCUGCCUUUAAUACAUCAGCACAGGUGCUGUGCACAUCCUUCAGCCCAGUGCCACGUUCACAGAUGCAGUAAUGGCAUCUUGGCCGUAAUGCACACGACGAUUCAAUACUUAAUUUCAAUGCCUGUUUUGUUGAUAAGUUGUAAGAGCAACACUUUGAAGUGUAUUAAAUGGCUACAUGCACUCUG